GUGGGAAUACAGGAGAGUUGGAAAUGCGUUUGCGUGUCAGAUACGUACGCGGCAGGACCUGAUCUGUGGGCCAGAAAAGUGGCCUCCGUCCGUUGUGCGUGACGGCGACAGCGACGGCGGUUGCUGAGUUCUUCCUGAUCCGUGGAUCAGAUCGUUUGCCGGGAACUUGGUCCGUGGACCAAGAAGCUUGCUUGCCACCGCGGGUUGGUAUGGAGAUUGGGUUUACUGUGCGCACAAUGGCCAUGGAGUUUCUAAUGCAGCCGAUAAGCAGAUUCCCCUUCAUUGAGGAAGUUGACGAUAGCUCAACCCCAAUGGAUCUGGUGGAGUACGGGCCGAAAGGGUCGGAUCCGGCUGCGGCCGAGGUUGCGGUGCCGGCCGUAAAUGGCGUGCAAGUCUGCAAGGGAGAAAGGGCCAGGCGGCCAGGGAGAUCAGACGGGAAAUAUUGCCACAAGCAUCCGAGCUUUCGACCGGCAAGAUAAACCCCAUGCAGUGAAUUUGGGAGCGCAGGCUGAUUGCUGCGUUGGUGUGUUGGUACUGAUGAGCAGGACGUAUUGAAGGCUGAGGAUUGGAGCAGCUCCACCUUGCCGGACACCGUGCUCUUCGUGCAUGUCUGCGUUCAAGAAACCGGUGUUCUGCUAUGCCUUAUUAUGGCAAUUGCAAUAUGCGCACUUAUUUGGACAUACUACUGCAUCAUCAGUUAAAGUGUGUAUCUUCUGCAGUUUCACUUCAACGAUCACAUUAAUACACGUUGAAGUACUCAUAUUAUGCGUUCUCAUUUUCACGGAGUGCUGUUGCUGGAUUAUUAUAUGGCUUUCCAGCACAAAUAAUGACCGCAUUCGAUGCAGUUGGAGAAGGCAAAGAAAAGCCAUUUGUUCAAUUCUUUGUGUUAUGGAUGAUCUUCGUUUUCAGAGACCUCCUGAUGGAAAUCCAUAUGAGAUAAGAUUCCUUCAUAUUCCUGGGGCAUUGUUCUGUUGCUUGUGGACUCAUACUGAAUGCACUAAUGUUCACAGUAAUUGCCAUCUACAAGUGCCCUGUGAUACUUUUCAAAUGGUGGAAACGACUGAUUAAGGAUUUGAUUAUGGGAGAAGUACUUUUUCAAAGUGGUAUGUAUUCUUGUCCUAAGAGUGACAUGCACAUGAUGGUCAGGGGCACCAUGGCAAAAUCUUAUUAUGGUUAGAGAUAUACUGGACACAUGGUGCCAGUGUCUAUUCAUGUUGCUGGUCGGAAGAUUUCGGCAUUGGAAACAAUUUUGGUCGAUUGGCUUUCACUGGUUUGAAGAGUUUGGUUUUUGUAAGUUUUUGCUGGCACCGAUGGCACGCAAAAAGUGUUGUUCAGCCUUGUAGGUCUGUUGUUUUGGAACUUGCUUGGUUUUUUGUAAAUUCCAAUAUAUGUUAGCUGUAUUUUCAUGGAUAUUGAUGUGCCACAAGGAUAAUAUAUGUUAAUGGAAAUUUUGCUAAUUUUCGGUCUA